AUGUUACCAGAAGAUACAAUAACCCCAAUACUGUUACCGAGAAGAGAAGCAUUCGUUCAUCUCCUGAUUACGUCAUACCACCUCAAGCUAUUUCAUGCAGGAGUCAAUCAUACACUUGCUCACCUGAGAAAUAGAUUUUGGAUAUCAAAAGGCCGUGCCGAACUCAAGUUUAUCCUAAGAAGAUGUAAAGUUUGCCGCAAGUACCAAGGAGGACCUUUCAAGAUGCCACCGAUGACACCAUGGCCGAAAAAUAAAGUAACCCGAUCAUUACCUUUCGAAAAUACCGGAUUAGAUUAUUUUGGACCACUUUUUAUCAAGCAGUAUCACGCUAAAGAGAAGAAGAAAGUAUGGGUAUGUUUAUUCACGUGCGUCGCUGUGAGGGCCAUCCAUUUGGAAAUGGUGGACGAUCUUUCUGCAGAAGAACUUAUACAAGCGCUUAGAAGAUUCAUCGCCAGACGUGGAACACCUAAAGAGAUCAUUCUAGACAACGCCUCUCAAUUCAAACUAGCCAAGUCAACCGCAGAUAUCGUAUGGGAGAAGGUUAUUCAAGAUCCAACAGUACAAUCCUACGUCGCUGAACAAAAAAUCAAGUGGAAUUUUAUUGUAGAAUUAUCACCGUGGAUGGGAGGAUUUUACGAGCGAUUGGUCGGAAGCUGUAAAAUGGCAUUGAGAAAGUCAAUAGGAAAGAAAUGA